AAUAUGCUUCAAUGGGUUCAUUGCGUCAAAAAAAUUAUUGCUUCCGAUCUUCAAAUAAUUCAUUCUAAAGAACUUAUUUAUCGAGAUUUGCAUAGUAGUAAUAUUCUACAAGAACAUUUACAUAUACUAGAAGCUUUAGAUAGAGGUCAUUAUUCAACAGCAUCAGAUAUUUAUUCAUUUGGCAUAAUUAUGUAG